AUGGCUUCGCUUGAUGCGUUGGAUUUGGAACUAAAGGAGACAGAAGAUGCACUUCGCCUUAUCGAGGAAGAACUUGGAGGCUUCAAGACCAGGGAUGACGGCUCACAAGGGAAGAAGGAUGCUUGGAGGGUUCCUGGACGCUGCUGUCGAGCUAGUGACUUGCCGAGGCGUGCUCGCACGACGACCAAACACGCAGGUCCUGCAGCAUCUGAGAAGCGCACCACGACCACUUUUGGCUCUGCAGCACGCUUCAGCCGCGUCCAGGCUGAGGGGGACUUCUUGCUGAAUCCUGUGGAUGACUUCCUUUCCACCACAACCGUGGCCAAAGGUGCGGUGAUGCACAGUGAAGCGGUGAAGCCGCGGCAGAUGUGGGAGGCCAAGCGUUGGCUCGAAGGGGUGGCUGCACAGAGCCAUUGCAAGGAGGCGACUGCCAUCUUGGCCUCGCAGCCGGGACUUUUGGGCCUCACAGCGGCCUGGAAGGCUUUGCUGCGUGAAGAGCAUGACAACGAGGAUGCCUUUGACUUCGACGCCGAUGCCUCCACUGAUGCUGGCAGUGAACUUCCGGAGCUUCUCUCAGUUUCCUCAGCUACCUCCACUGCGACGUCUUCACCUGGCCCAGGCAGUUACAGCCCGAACUAUGAAGUGCUCCGGCCGAGUCUUGCCAAAGGGGCGCCAAGCUUCGGGCGCUAUAGCGCUAGAGAGGUGCCACAAGAGGAAGAGAGGGCCGAGACAAGUGAGAUGGGAAGCAGAGGAACGGAAUCUGCGUUGUCAACAGCACCAGAAAGCUUCACAUGUCGAGGUGGGAAGAUUUUGCCAAUGCAUACGACACGUCCCAGAAGACCCACCGCAUCUCAGCUUGAUGCCAUUGCCGCGGCAGCACGACCCCUUGGCCCGCAGCUGACGAAAGAGCAGGAGUUGCUGGUGGCGGAGGAAGAGGAGGUGAAGAUCCCAGUCGUUGAGACUGGAAGAUUAGAGCGGUUGGAGAAGAGUGCAGAUCCUGCACCUGGAGACUACGAUCUUCCUUCGUUUCCAGGCGGCCCUUCAGCAGUUAUAGCGCCGCCUGGAGAGACACAGCUAAUCAAAGAGGAGGCACCUGGACCUGCCCAGUACGACUUGCGAGCAUCUGAGGCUCAUGUCUACCCGAGGGCGGUUCUUGCAAACUUCGGGCUUUCACGCCCUGAAGUAAUGGAGCACCAGCGGCGCCCGGACUAUAUCUUCAGCUACGAAGCCCUGGACGUAAACUUCACGGGCAUCGAACCCAAGAUCCCUGCAGCACUGAUUCUGCCGGAGGAAAGUCCGGAAGCUUUGCAUGCUCAUCAACUCUUGAAGCACCGAGCGCCUGCAGCUGGAACAGGCGCCAAACUCGGACCUGGUGCGUAUUCAGAGGAUGAUCAAAUCCUGCAGCGCAUUCGGCCAGAUCGGAUGGUGCUUUCUUGGCAUCCGAGACGGGAAGGACUUCCUGAGCAUUUGCUGGGUCUCUUCAAGCACUACACUCGCUUUGGCCGGCUGCGCUUGGAUGGUCGACAACUGCUGGGUAGCGAAGACGAUUUGGCGCUCCGACGUUGCAGACAGCGGGCGUUUAUCCAACCGCCCCAUCGCACUCUGAGACGGAGCUGGUCUGCAGAAGACAUUUGGCGCUUAUACCUUCCGAAGUUGGACGAGCCCAUGGGCCGGAACUUUGCACGGAACUUGGAGUUCGACGAAUGGCAGGAGAAGGAGAAGUACUGGCGCUGGCUUGGAGUGAGGCAUUUCUGUCGCACUCGGCCAAGUUUGCGGCUCUCCUACUCUCUUCCAGACUUGGAGCUCGUCAAAGACCGAGCCCCAGAGGUGGAUUUUUCUAAAGGACCAGGACGGCCACAGGCGGAAGAGCAAGAGGAGGUGGAGGGCGAUGUCCUGCUCCUCUCCGACGAUCGGCGGGCUGUGGCGCCACGUGUGCCACAGCCCGUGGACAUGGCCAAACAGCUUGGCCGCGACACCGUGGACCAUGACGACUUUGAGGAAUUAGUCCUUUCACCCAAGCGUCCCAUGAGACGGACCAGCUGCUUUGUUGACAUGGCCAAGGAACCCGGCCGCCCAGAAAAGCUCGAGCUGGACCCGCACAUUUGGGCAGAGGAGCAUGAGAGAGUGUUUUGCUACAAGCCAACCUUGGGAGAGGAGACCGAUGAAAUGUUGGAUUUGUCUCCUGCAUCUGUCCAACGUCGACUUCUUCCUCGAACACCUACCUACGAUUGGGCACUUUGCUUGGGUCGACCUGGUCAUGAUCCUCGCUUGGAGACGGAAGAGGAGGACGGACCAAUACUACUGACGAACUGGGAAGCACCGUUCGUGGCACCAGCCACACCUCGUCCACCACCGCUGCCUCCAGGUGAGGAAGUGUUCUUACCGAGCCUGCAUGGUUUAAGUGUUCAGGAAGAGCCACAUGUGCCAGAACCGCCUGCCCCCGAACCUCCUGAACCACCUGAACCACCAGCACCGCCGGUAUUGGAGCCAGAGCCGAGGGAUUCCUCUGCAACACCGUUCGCAGAUGCGUACGAUUAG